AUAUCCAUAUCUCAGGUUCUAAUUUUGUGGACGAAGGUGACCGCAUCUACCUGGUCUGCAAUGCCUCAAGUCAAGAAUACCCCCCAGAGGACAUUGACUGGUUUCUGGGAGGUAACACACUAACCACAGACGAGAGCAGGGGUAUGCAGAUACACAAAUAUGUGUCCAUUAACACAGGUACCAUCAUCAGCACACUGGAGAUCAAACAGGCACGACUCACAGACGGAGGCGUCUACGUCUGCAGGACCAGUAACAAGGACGUGACCAGUACACAUGUGAAUGUUCUCAAUG